UCUUCCUUAACAGAUUUUGUACACCCAACUCAAUCAUCUCUUAACCAGAAAGAAAAGAUGAUAUUUAAUAAGGAAAGAGUUGGGUUAGCUUCAUUAUGCACAGAGGGCUCUAGCAUUAGUUGCAGCAGAAUUGAAAUUAGAACAGUCAAUGAGUCUCAGCAUAUCAAAGUUGAUGCUGUUACUCAUUCCUAUCCUUCAACCACAAUCUCUUGUAUUGAAAAAGUACCUCAAGAUGAUCAAAUUUCGAGUAUCGAAAUCGCCAACCCAAAAGAUGGAACUUCUAACUCUUCUACUAGUACAGAAGCAUCCUCCUCAUCUGUGAUCCUGAGAGAUGUACAUAUAUCAGCUCAAUUAAUGGAGGAUUUUCUUGAGCUUGCAAAGGAGAAUACAAAGAAGGAUUUAGAGACUUGUGGCAUUCUUGGUGCCUCUCUUAAAAAGAAUCGAUUCUACGUAACCACUCUGAUCAUACCAAAACAGGAAUGCACUUCAAGCUCUUGUCAAGCUUCAAAUGAGGAGGAAGUUUUCACCAUACAAAAUGAGCAUUCAUUGUUUCCUGUGGGAUGGAUUCAUACUCAUCCCACUCAAAGUUGUUUCAUGUCAUCAGUAGACUUACAUACUCACUACUCAUAUCAGGUAAUGGUACCCGAGGCUUUCGCUAUUGUCAUGGCUCCUACUGAUUCCUCAAGGAGCUAUGGAAUAUUUCGACUAACUGAGCCUGGUGGGAUGACUGUACUGAAAGAAUGCCAAGAGGAGGGAUUUCAUCCUCAUAAGGAAACAUCAGAUGGGAGUUCCAUAUACGAGCACUGCAACAAUGUGUACAAGAAUUCGAAUUUGAGGUUCGAAAUUUUCGACUUGCGUUGAUUUUGUGCAUAGUGGUUGAAUAAACAAAGUGUGACUCAAAACAGCAGGGCUCCUAGUUUACCUUCUUAAGUAACUUAUAAAGCCUUUUUGUAAUAAUGUUUGCAGUGCAUAGAAUAUAUGCAACUGUGACUAUAUUUUUUGUCCUCUGUGGUUGGUUUAAUCUUCUCAAAGGAACUAAACUCUGUAAUAAUGUUAAUUAAGUUUAUUAUGUAAAUUUAGUCUUUCGAAACAACA